CUGACCCACAUAUCGAAACUCUUGACUCUUGACUCUUGAGGAAGCGCGAGCCGAAGAGUCCAACCACGCCGGACGGACCCAGCCCGCUGAGACCAGCCCCGACCCCGGCUAACGAAGGAGCUGGAACCUACCUUAUUCACACAACGGUUGUCGGUUGCCCGUUUCCGAGCGUCGGCUCCCGAUCCAACACAACCCGGGGGGUAGGAGGAAAAAAAGUUUUCUCCCCUUCUUGUCCUUAGCCGUCUUGUCUCCUUGCCCCUUUCCCUUCCAUUUGCCUGUACCCCAAUAGCUAGUACUUUCCGUGUCGUUCUCCCGCUUCUGUUACAUGUCGCCCGUCUCUCUUUGUAACGGUUGCGUAGUUAUGACUGAAGACUGAAUGAAUGACCGGAUAAUUGCAUUAAGCUCGCUCAACCCACCACACCUUGCCUUUCAGUUCAGCCCACCCCCCCUAAUCCCUCCUCUUCCUUCUUAGCCAGGCUAUUCUAGCCGAGAAAGACUAGGGAAUUCUUAAGGAGGAACGGAAAACUACAAGUAGGUUCGCUCAGCCGCUUCUGCGCACAGGGCUACGUGGGGAGGAAUUAUUGGAUGAAUGUAUUAGUCUAUGUCCACUCCGAACCUUGAUUCUGUUCUGUAAGGGACAGAUAUUACGACAACCUUGUUUCAACGACUGAGCUACGUCCCUCAAUCUUGAGAAAGCGUCUGCGGGAGUGAGAGGAGGGUGAGCAAGAGACCGAGUUGGGUGAGAGAGACCAGGACACGAGAAGAAGGCGUGUCGACGGACAGGAAGAGGAGAAACCGCGGCAAAAUCCAAAGAGAAGGCAAGACGGACUGUCUUCCGACGAUAAGAACCCCCCAAGGCAGGCCGGCUAGCACGAGUCAUCAUCGCCCUUCCACCUACCACGAUGGAUCCGGAAAAGAACACGCCGCGCCAAGACGGCUACCUAGCGCCGGAACCCGACUACAGCAACUAUGACUUUCCGCUCCCGAGCAAGACCGAGAGCGCGGCCCGCGACGGCGCCGCCGCCGCCGUGGGCAACGACCUGAUCCCCUCCGUCUCUAACGCCGUCGCCAGCGCCGGCGGCGACGCCUACGGCCAGGACCGCCUCUACCAGCAGGAAACUUACAACAAGGAAGGCGGCGACGACGACCGCCUCGGCCGCGCCGACACGGCCGCCGAGGAGGAGACGUACCCCGAGGGCGGCCUCCGCGCGUGGUCCGUCGUCCUCGGCUCGUGGCUCGCGCUGUUCUCGGCGCUGGGCAUCAUGAACAGCCUGGCCAUCUUCCAGACGUACGUCGCGACGCACCAGCUCGAGGGGUACACCGAGGGGACCAUCGGCUGGAUCUUUUCCGUCUACACCUUCCUGUGCUUCUUCGGGGGCAUCUACAUCGGUCCUGUGUUCGACCAGUACGGUCCGCGCUGGCUCGUGCUGUCCGGGACGGUCUGUCUCGUCCUCGGCGUCAUGCUGCUGAGCAUCUGCACAUUGUACUGGCAUUUCAUGCUCGCCUUCGGCAUCCUCUGCGGCCUCGGCAGCUCCCUCGUCUUCACGCCCUCCAUCGCCGCCGUCGGCCACUGGUUCAAGCGCCGGCGCGGGUUCGCGACGGGCAUGGCCUCGACGGGCGGCUCCAUCGGCGGCAUCGUGUUCCCGCUCAUGAUGCAGUCGCUCUUCCCGCGCAUCGGCUGGGGCUGGACCAUCCGCGCCGUCGGCUUCAUCUGCCUGCUCCUCUGCGGCGCCUCCAACUUCCUCAUCCGCUCGCGCCUGCCGCCCGCGCGCAACGCGAGCCCCCACCCGGACCCGCGCAUCUUCCGCAGCCCCGCCUUCAGCCUCACGACGGCCGGCAUCUUCCUCAUGGAGUUCGCCCUCUUCAUCCCGUUGACGUACAUCUCGAGCUACAUGCUCAGCGAGGGCUUCAGCGAGUCCUUUGCCUUCUCCAUUCUGCCCAUCCUCAACGCCGGGAGCGUCUUCGGCAGAGCCCUGCCUGGCUGGUGGGCCGACAAGGCGGGGCCCUUCAACAGCAACAUGGUCGCCACUCUGCUCUCCAUCGUUGCGUGUCUGGCCAUCUGGCUGCCAGCGGGUUCGACAACGGCGGGCAUCGUCGUGUUUGCCGUUCUGUUCGGGUUCGCGAGCGGGAACAACAUCAGCAUCAGCCCUGUUUGCGUCGGCCGGCUGUGCAAGACGCAGUCCUACGGACGAUACUACUCGACGACAUACACCGUCGUGUCGAUCGCGUGCCUCAUCGGCAUCCCCAUCGGUGGCGAGAUUGUCACGGCGACGGGCGGGAGGUAUUGGGGUCUUAUCGUCUUCACCGGUCUCGUGUACAUGCUGGCUCUCGUGGCCAUGAUGGCUGCCAAGGUUGUCUGCGUGGGGAAGAACAUUUGGGGAAUCUUCUAAUGGAAGGCCGAGCAGGGGGAAUUGGACGACGGCGUCACGAAGGGUUUAAUGGAAUAUUUGAACAUGGGCACACGAAUAACGUUUCUACGUAGACACCUCGGAUAG